AGGCACCACAGAGCAACAAGGAAGAGUUCAAGCCAGCAGCUCUUUCCGCUGACUUCUAAGAAAAGAAAGUGCGUUUUUUGUUACUUUUGUGAACGUUUCUUUAACUUCGGCGGCGAAAGAGAGGGUCGAAUCGUAUUUUGACGAGUUAGGGACCCUCUGUUCCCUGGCAAGUUGUGGUUGUCCGUUUCCCUUUCCGGUUGGGGUGAGGUAAGUGUCGUUAAACUGUUGCUUCAUGAUUUCGAACCGUUUUCCUGUACAUUGAAAACACAAACUUUACUCCCAUUGGAUCGGGCUCCUUUCCUCCUUAAGUGCUCGUAGUUUUCUUUUCCUGAUUUUACUCUAGAUUUCAAGGUUGCAGUAGAAAGCGUAACUGGUUACGAUUUUGAGGUUGUUCGAUUUCGUGUAGAUUUCUGUUCACGCCACAUACCCGUGUUACUCGACUUUCUUGUUUAUUGACCGAAGAACAGUAGAGAAAUGUCCAUAUUAAGUGAAAAUUUGCCCAAGCUUUCUUCAUAAGCGACGCGAAUAAUCUUUGUUCAAAAUGUUUACGUCCUCUCUAACCUUUCCAGUCUCGAAACAUGACUGUGUUCACUCUUACAAUACAUUGUCAUCGGUCUCGUAACUGCUAAUAUGCUUUCUUAUUCGAGUGAAUUAAUAUUCGUUGGGGUCUUUUUGUUCACGCCUUCAUUUACUUCCUCGUUACAUUUAAAGUCUUCAACCUGUCUAAUUCAUUUUAUCGGGCGUUGGAGGCCUCGAUGCACGUAUAGGGUUAUUGACAUGAAUCGAAAUAAACAUGAUUUGAUCGAACAGCUCAGAGUACGUUUAAUUACUUGACGUUUGUUAGGCUUGCGUAUAAUUUUAAAAUCAAGAACGAGUCUACACUUUGUACAUUUUUUUUCAUUUUGAAAACGAAACAAAUUUCCAGACUUACAAGGAUUAAUGAUUUUUGUUCAUAACUCCCCUUUGAAAUUAACGUGGAAUCGUUGGCUUUUGUUUCAUUUUCACUUAAGAGUUAUCUGCAUGUGCAUGUAAAAUUGUCAAUUUGAAUAAGUAUAUUCAAUUAUUGCGUUUAGUGCAUAGUUUGUGUUGUCAUUUCCUGGAAUAUCAUCCACUUCGAACCUCUUACAGUUAAGGAACAAAGAUCACUUAAUAAUACCACUAAAACUUGCUAUAUUGCAUUCACUGUACAUAAACGUAAGCAUUAUUUGAUGUGGCAUUUUAAUCUUAUAUUUACACUAAGAUAAAAUCGUUUCAUUUAUUUGUUAAUGGAAUAUGUCUUAAAGGAAAUGCCUGACUUCAUUUACAAUAAUAAAGGAAAAAUAAACAUAUUUACUACACACCUGUGACAUGAAAUCUUAUCAGUUUUAUCCUAAUGUGUGGGUCAGACUUGUGACAGGGCUUGGAGUUUUGUAUUUGUCUACUUUUCCUGUUAAACCUUUUUGGUGUGAGUAGAGGGAUGAUGUCUAUAAAUUAGGAUUUAGGCACAUGUGAUCCAUUAUAGAUAACUGAGUACAUAAAAGAUAGUUGUGAAAAAUAUUUCCCCUUUUGAAAAAUGGUUUAGCAUCCCUGUGCUAACACCUUUCUUAAGUGACAAUCUCUCACUCUUUCAGUCUGGGAGGAGAGGGAUUGGGGGCACAUUGAGACCAAUUUGUUGUAAUUCUUUGUGGAAUUAGGUACUUUCCUUUCACAUUCUGUUGAAAAAAGCCAAUUAAAUACAUUAAUUAGAUAUGAAUAACUACAAUAUUCUUAAGAUAACCUCUUUUUCCCUUAGCUAUUGUUCUCAAUGUUGCCAAGGUCACCAUAGUAAGAACACUUAAAAGUAACCCUCAGCCUUUUACAUUUGUAAAAUGAACAUUUAAUACGUUAUGCAUUCAAAACAAAGUUCAAGUUAUUUACUUUUUUUUUUUUUAACACACACUAAGAAAGGGAAGCAUUCCUUGGGUAGACUGACAGGGUGUUCAGUUAAUUUGAAACAAUAGAACCAAAUUCAAAGCUUUCUUGUGCAAUUUUCUAUGGAUAUCAAGAGUGGAAAGCAAUUUUGUUGGACUCUACUCGACUUUUUUUCACCCUUAAAACUAUUACCCAAUUUUCCUUUUGUUUCUUAUUGUUCUGUUCGAGUCAAAAUGAAAAACAUAGCCUAAGGCCCCAACACAAUGUCUCAAUAAAUAGCAAGAACAUGAUUUUAAAUCGUGUGCUGAUAUCUAUUGUUAUUUCUGUUCACAGCUGCAGUUGAUGACGAGCAUCCUGUUAUGGGGAAUCUCCUGAAGCUCCUAACAAAAGAAGAAAAUGAUGGCUGUGGUAGCAAAAUUGACAUUUUCUUGGACUUUGAAAGUAGGUUUGGUCAUUGGAAUGAUUGUCAAUUAUGAUUGUCAUUAUUAAUAUCAGUAGUUUCUAUUCUGAGUUAAACCAUGAGCUCUGUGUUUACUUGUGGUGUAGCAAAAUUGAGAAGUAUGUUAUUCUUACAAUGGGGAAGGAAGCCCAAAGAAAUCCAGGGCUUGUGAUAACAUUGUGGAUAUAAUACAUGAAUUAAAUCACUGCUGAACUAAAAUUCAGGAAAUUGCAGAAUCAGAAACGUGAAGAAAUUCGGGCACAGAUUGUAGAGUAGUCUUUUGUGAGGUAAUCCAAGAUUUCUCUGAGUUUACCACUAGAUGAAAUAGCUUAAAUCAAGGAAGACUUGGUUUCUUACCUACUCCCACACUUUUACCCUUUAAUUCCCAUGAGUGAUCAAGACAGGAUUUCUCCUUACAAUAUUAGGAGAGUAAAAGAACACAAUAUUAUUGAGAGUAAAAGAAAGUGAUCAAUUGGAGUGUUAUUAGUUGGUUCAGUAACAAAUUCUGUGAAUCAACAUUAGAAGACUUCUCUUGCAGACAGUAGGGAGAACUACUCAUGAGAUCCUAGGAUCAACAGGGUUAAGGCUACAAAAAUAUGUGCCAUUAUUCAAGUUCUCGUGAGCAUUUCUCUCCUUUUGAUUGGUAUCCACACUGUACUUUUUCAUUUAACACUAGUUUUCCUGUUUUCUGUUAGAACAAGGAUUAUUCUCUCAAUAACAAUAAGCACAGAUGUGCUUUGAGUACCAGUCAUCAUCUGUUAUAACAUAGCUAGUAAAUUUGUGUAAUCAAAUUCAAUUGCACGAGCGUGCUUCAUAUUCCUAUUGUGCACGCUCAUGAUGUCAGAAAACAAAUCCCUCAAGAAAAAACAAUUUUCCAUGGGGUUCAAAAUUUUAUAAAACAAUUGAUUCAUAUGUCAGCUGUGCGUUCAUCGAGAUAUGAAGCACUUGGGAAGUUUGGAGAGCACUCAAAAAGUUAGAGUUCCUCUCGGCUAUGCCUCAAGCAACUCUUACGCAUCUUUCGUGCUCUUCAAACUUCCUGCGUGCUUCAUAUCUCUAUGAAUGCACGCUGAUGUAUGAACCAAUUGUUAAUUGUCUGGGAAUCUGGGGGUGGGUGGUGGAUUUUUGGGAGAUCAGAUGAUUAACAGGGGGAACACAGGGGAGAUCAGUCAUUGCCAACAUAGUAUAAAGUGAGGAACUAUAGAGAAUUCAAAACUAACGAGAGAGUCAUGGGGAGGGGGAUCAGGUAAAUUUUGUUGUAACACAUCCAAAAUCCUCCAAACACCUCCCUCACCCCAAGCAAUCAAUAAUGACCAGUCUCUCAUUUUUGGGAAAUGUCUUUUCAACUGGUAAUGUGAUCUUUCAAUCUACACAAAACCAAAUUUUAUCCUUCAGCAUGCUAUUUCAAUUAUUUGUGUGCCUGAGGAGCUCAAAACGGCCAGUUAUGUUAAUUAUUAAGGUUCAAAGUUAUCUUGUUUAAAUUUGUAUUGUUUUUAGAUGCUACCCCAACAGAAUCAGAAAAAGAAGUGUUUGAUGUGGUUCACAGUGUGUUAGAUGUUGCGCCUCAAAUUCUGCAGGAGUUGCAAGCUUACCAAGGGGCUGGGGAAGAAAUAAGACAAGUAAGUGCCAUAAUUGUGAGUUUCUGCCGAAGAAAUGUAAAAUAGUUUCCGUGUUUACAUAGCCUGAUGUAAACACGCGGGAGGUUGGGAGAACACGAGAUAAGCGUAGGAAACCACGACACAAAGUGGAGUGGUUUCCAGCUUAUUGAGUGUUCUCCCAACCUCCCAAGUGUUUAUAUCAGGCUAUGUAAACACAGAAACCAUUUUACAUUUCUUUUAUAAAAUAACUAGUGCGUACUAUUUGAAUUAUUUUAUAAUACUGUUUAGUUAAAUCAGCAAAUGCUACUUGUUUCAUCACAGAUAUUUUGUUGGAGAUUAUAGAGCACUGAUACUCUCUCCAGAAGUUAUUUAAUCCCUGCCUGAAAUUUUUCUUUCUUCAGGCAAUUUCCAAUGCUCUCAAUGAAGAGCUCCAAGAGGUUGCAUGGAAAGCAGUGGUGCCACUUGUUGGAAAACUUAAGACGUUUUAUGAAUUUGCCUUAGAGCUUGGUAAGAGAAUGUCAUGUGAGGUGAAGAUGCAUUUAAGACUCAAGCCUAGCACUGAAAUAGUGGGAAGUUAUUUGUAAUAAAUAAUUUGGCUCCUUUUUAAUUUUCUGCCUUGUCAGUGUAGUUAAAGAGAGGUUUAUAAGUUGUAGAGAGCCUCAGACAAGAUGAGGUCAACCAUAAGCCUUGACUUUUGAUAAUAAUAACUACUUCCAGUGACCAUAACCAUGACCAAGAUAUAUUGUAGGUAACAUUUGCCUCACCUGAUCAAGCAUAACCCCUCAGUUAUUUGAAAUUUGGAAUAUGUCUGUUGUUUUCACCAUGAAAUCCCUAAUUAGAGAAAGCUUCUGCUUGCUGCACUCUAUUAUGUGACAAUCCUUACAUGAUUCAACAAUUACCAUUUCAAAAUUGAUGGUAUAAAGUGGUUGAAAUGUCUUUCAAAAUUGUGAUUGCCAAUCUACAUUUUUAAAUACUACCGUAUUUAUUCGCCUAUAAGCCGAGCGAUUUUUCCAACAAAUUAAACUGAGAACAGGUAAAUUCUCGCCAAGGUAGGGGGUUCGGCUUAUAGCCGAGUAUUUUCGCCAAAAAAAAUUUACGGGUGCUUAACAAGAUUCGAAAUUCAAUGUUUAUUCGACUAUAAGCCGAAGUCUGGAUCAUUGCUCAACUCCUUCGCUUUAACCGUAGAAUUAAUCCGCUUACAGCAAUUCCUGUAAAAGGUAAAAGAGAUAAAUCAUUUGACUUGUUUUGACAACAUGAAAAACUGGCCAAUCAGAAGCGGUCAUUCCCACGGUUUGUGUAAACAUUGCAACACUAUCUGACAGAUAUCAGCUGAUCGAAGCUUUUCAUUGUUUGAAAGAAACGAAAGACUUACCUUAAUGAAUAUGUUUAUUCAUAACCUACUUUUUGGUUGUAUGUUUCCCGAGAGGGAAGCUCCUUUUGUUUUCGGUUUAUGUUAAUUCAUCUCAGUUAACGACACGCGUGGAGUACUUUGCAAUUAUUAGGUCUCGGCUUAUAGCCGAAUGUUUUGUGUUUAUUUUUUAUUUCAAUGCAACAGCUGCUGACAUGAAAAAGUUUAGGGUCUCGGCUUAUAGCCGAAUAAAUACGGUAGUUAAAAACUUGGUAUUUCAAAUUUUUGCAUGUUUUAUUUAUUUUUUGUUUUUUUCACAGAGGCUGUUCUUCCCCAGCUUCUAUAUGCUCUUUGUUCUGGACCUGAGACUCCUAUAGAACAUCUAGAACGGCAACAGGUAAGGAAAAAACUCAAACUAAAUUCAAACAAGACCUUACACCAAUAUGUACAAACAUUACACCUUGGGAACAGAAGAAAGAAGCCCCAUGUGGGAAAGUGGCUGUUGAGGUGGCUGUUGUAAGGAAAGAAGAGAUGUAUAUAACACCUAUUCUUUUAAGGGUGCAACGGUUUUAUUUAAGGAAAAAAGGCUUCCCAAAGUAGUAUACAAAUACAUCAAAUGAUCAAAACAUAUAGGCCAGAGAAAUAAAAAAUUGAUGUUUAGCAGAAGAUUGUCUGCAAAUCAAAUUCUCUAAGAUGUGAUGAGUGCAUCAACUUGAACAGCCCUUUCUUUUGGUAGCAAUGACAAAAUUUUUUUCUCUCGAUUGGGGUAAAUUUCUCAGGGUUAUCUGGUCAAGCAGGGUAUAACACCCUUUCUCAUACUGUUCAUCCAUCGAUUAAUAAAACACACUUGGUCAGAAAGAGGCACUGUAUGAGAAGAGUGUUUUACCCAACAACACACCACAACAAAAGAAUAGAUGGUGGAAAACUUGUUGUUAGUUUUGUGCAUUUUUAAUCUUUCAAUAAUCAGAAAAAUAUGAUACAUGAUACAAUGGAAUCAUUGUCCUACUCAUAAUGAUGUUGUGAAAUAACUUAUUGUUAUAUUGAUAAUGCUUCUUAACCAGAUAUGGCCAUUUAAAAGUUCUGUGAAAUGAAUGCAAUUGAUUUUGAACAUUUCAGCCAGCAUGUAAUUUAUUUUUCUUGUUAUUACAGGCCCUUGCAAAACAGUUUGCUGAAAUUCUUCACUUCACACUGAAAUUUGAUGACUUAAAGGUACUGCCUAUGUGUUUUUGCUCCCUUAAAAUUAACUGUACUCUAGAGGAAGGUCAUGGUCAAAUUAUUAAGUACAGUGAAGAUCAGCAACAAACUAGUGUCUUUUAUGUUAAGCAUUUUUUGUUUGUUUAUUUCUUUAUUUGCCUGAGGAAAAGGAUGUAUAUUCUUAUUGUGGCAAUGAACUUGCUCUAUAUUAAUUAAAAUACUCUUAAUUUCUCCAAUGAUUGCAGAUGACAAAUCCAUCUAUUCAAAAUGACUUUAGUUACUACAGAAGAACACUGAGUAGAAGGAAAAUGGCAAAUGCGGUGAGUUUCACAUGAAAAUACCAGAAAGGGUCUGUUUUUACGCAUGGGCACCACAAAGUUGGUUGCUGCAAAAUUGAUAAUUAGCCUAGUCAAGUCUGCGCUCAAGUCUGCGCUCAAGUCAUUCUUUAAUCUGAAUCAAACUGACAGGGUCACUGAUCAGAAACUUGUGAAAGACCUUUAAAAAUUUUUCUUGUAAGCCAAGCCUUUGCUUCCAACAAGGGUACUGAACCACUCAGGCCCUUUAUGUUGAAGUUGUGAUGUUGUCAGGUUACUGUAAGUAACUGAUUAUCACAGAAAAAUUGCAUUAGUUCAUGCUAUCCCUUAGCCAACUGCAGUUGGAAAGGUCUUCUGGAGUGAAUCUACUGACCUGGACUCUACCUGACCUGUAAAUAUUAAGGAAAUUAAUAAAAUUGGAAGCUGGAACAACCACUUUUCAUUGCAUUAAUCUUGAUGGUUUUGCUCUUGAAGAAGGCAGUUGGAAAGACUGUCAUUCAGAUACUUUCCAUGGUUUUCUUUAAUUAAUUUAUCAGAAGUAGAAAGGGAAACUGUUUGGGGAACUGAGAGGUGGCUUCUGUAUGUUACAUUUUGUGUGUAUUUGGCCAAGGAAAUUUCAUUUUUUUCUCAGAACUUGGAUAUCUUAUGUCUGUGGAAAUGAUGAAGAAGUGAACUUUUUGAUCUCAUCAAAUUUGUGGCAUAUUGAAAUUUUGAUUGCAGGAUGAUGAUAGUGAAGGAAUUCAAGUGACCAAUGAAAUGGCAAAUAGAAUGUCUUUAUUUUAUGCUUACCCCACACCACUUCUGAAAAUUCUUAGUGAUGCCACAUCAAAGUUUGUGACAGAGGUAAACUAGGGGCUCCUAUUAAAUGUUUCACAAAACUUUAAAAGUAAUCUUUGAUAUAUGUUUUGUAUGGAAUCACCUUCCUGAAGCUAUUCUUAGCAUCCAACAAAAUGACCCACAAGAACUUAAGCUCAAGGUGGUGGCUGUUAUUGAUUUUUGCUGUAGAAUGUGACAGCAAUGUACAUUUGAGAAGCAACCCUUUUUAGGUAUUCCUUACCACAGUCAUGGCGCUUUUCUCGAAGGCCGAUUGUACAACAACUUCUGUCAUCUCCCACAUAUUUGACCACACCCUUAGCCCUUUGCUACUUGAUGCCAAAUUCCGAUAAAAGCCUUAAACCUCUCCCCCCCCCAAAAACAAAUCACUUAUGUUUAUAAGCCCUCAGAAGCCUACAUAAGAAAUUUGCCUUAUAAACAUCUCUUAACCAUUUUAUGUUGGAGCAUUUGAGAUCUGGUGAAACAUGUCAUUGAUUAUGCAGAUUUUCCUGGAAUUGCAGCCAUGCAGUUUGGAAGUGGUUCCAUUUAGCUCCUUUACAAUAUUCCAUUUUCAAUGUAUACAAUAUACAUUUGCUGUACCGUUUGAAGGGAAUACACCAUUAUUAAGAUCAUUACAUUAACUUUUUUUAAUAAAAAUUCUCCUCUGACCUCAGGCUCAGUCUUUUUCAGAAAUGUUUUCCCUCAAAUAUUUACCCCUUAAGAGGAAGCCUUUUGAAAACUAUAACCCCCUCAACUUUUAACAGUACUUUGGGCUUCCCCAGAUAUGUUAGGUUCUGGGCAAAUGUGAGCUUGUAGUACUGAAAGUGAGGUAGUCAGUGAUUUGACUCAUUUUUCUUAUCUUAUUCCCAGAACAAAAGCCUUCCUAUAGAAAAUACAACAGACUGCCUUAGCACGUUAGCAAAUUUAUGCAGAACUAUGAUAGAGAAUCCGUAAGUAUUGUGGUCUUCUCCCUAAGAGAUUAACCCUUUAACUCCCAAGAUCUCAUCAGUAAUUCUCCUUACUGUCUACCAUGCAAUUCAUAUGAUGUUAGUUUGGAGAAUUUGGAAUUGGAUCAACCAAUAAUCCUCUAAUUGAUAUUUUUCUUUAUUCUCUUUACUUGUCUGCUUGAUACUGUACUGAUAUUGUUAGGAGAAACUGUGUGUAGGUCACUAGUGGGACUCAAAGGGUUAGAGAUUUCAAGUGGUCUUCUUGUUUUCAAGCAUUCACCAAAUUGUUUGGUAAAUAAUAUUGUGAGUUAUUUGUGGAUCUUGGAAAAUCAAUGUUUAUUGGAGGGAUAAAGCAAAAUAAGUUAACCCCUAAGUUAUGGGUAGUGCUGUUAGACUGAUCUUCUUUAUCAAUAUGAGCCCUUUGAGUCCUAAAGUGACAAACUUGUAACUUCCUCCCAUAUCAAUGUAUUAUCCAGAAGGAAGCCGAGAAGAACAAGCACGAUUAUCAUCUGGAUGACAUUUCUUGUCAUAAUAUCAAAUUCUCCAAACCAAGUAACAGGAAAUGUAUGGCAUAUAGGAAGGAUAAAUUGGGUCAGAUUUGGGAGUUUAUAGUUUAAGGCCAUGGAGGCUGAGUUUUAAAAAUAGUUUAAUUAUUCUUUACAAAUUUAUUUAUCUGUUACAUUUAUGUUUUGUAGGAAUUUUUCUUCUAAAGUUGCAAACCAGGAAACACAUCUUUUUUGUCUCCGUGUUAUGGUAUGUCAUCAUGAGUCCUUGCCUAUACUGACAUAGAUUUCAAACUGGCAACCAUUGCAGCUGGAUCUGAGGAUCUGCAGCUGGAUAUAAGGGUUAACCUGCACAUGAAAGUUUGGGUGUGGGCAAGCUCCAUCUCAUCCAGGUGUCUCAUUGUUCAGAAACUGUUAAAAGCUGUGGCAGGGUGAGCCACAUAGUUUGAAUGUAAACAGACUUACAUUAUCAGGGGAAAAACAGGAACCCACCAUCUUUCUUGUACAGUUCUCCCUUUGUGGGCAAUUAACAACUUGAUCCCAAGAUGAUUCUAACAUAUUUCCUGCCAAACACAAAUUAGAAGAGAUUUUCAUCAACCAAGUCUGAAGUAUUGUCAUUAAAAAUCUGGAAGCACUUCAAUUAAAUUUCUCAAGUCUGCAUUGUGAAUUUCAAAAGCAGUGAGCUGUAAAGACUUGAAAGUGGACAAAGGUAAAUAGAUUCCCAGAAUGAGAGCAAGAACUGCACGAUUUGUGAGCCUUUUUAAAAUAGACAAUAUUAUUAAUAAGACACUCUUUUGAAAUAGAUAUUGAUAAGACUCACUCAAAAAUGUGUGUACUGCAAACACUGUGCUGUGUAAUUAACCAUAAGUUGUGUUUCUCUUUUAGGUUGGUCUUAUAAUUCUGUAUGAUCAUGUACAUCCUGUAGGAGCUUUUGCAAAAACAUCAAAUAUAGAUGUAAGUAUUCUGGCAUUUCUACAUUACCUCAGUCUCUCUCUCCUUAUCCAUUCAUACUCAAGUGUUACCUUUCUAAAUUACUUGUAACCCUGUCGCAAAACUGCAUAUGUUGAUUAUCCCCUCUCAUUCUUUUACAUGUUAGUUAUACUUUAUGGGCACAAACGUCCUCCAAUUUUUCCAAUAUCUACUUGCAUUGAUGCAUCUUUUCCAAAUUCAUGAGACAGAGGGAGAUUUUUGCUCAGCUAAGAGGCAUCAGAGAACUGAUUUGCGUCAAGUGCUACUCCUGACGUCAUUAAGACCAUUAAGGCACCUGUUGUUGUGUACAGGAUGGAUGUGAAUUUAUCUCUCACUUUGCUUUCUUUCUUAAGAUAAAAGCGUCGAUAAAAGUGUUAAAAGAUCAACCUCAAGGAACCGUAGAUGGCUUACUAAACGCUUUGAGGUAAGAAAUGAACGCCAGUGAUUUUUUUAGAUUCGUAAAAUCCAAGUGACCAAAUACUCGAAGUCUCUCCUGGAUUUAACAAUUCUUCAUUUCUUGCCUAACAACGGAAAAAAAUACGAAAAAAAUUAUUAUCCUUUUUAAGUGGACUUUUUAUUUUAUCUUACGCGUUUUUAAUUUCUCUAGAUCAAUUGUGUGCGAACAGAAAAUUACUGCUACUUUGGCCUCUAUAUAACAAUUGAAACUUGUCUGAAUGGCGAUCGAAAUUCGUCUCCUUCGAGUUAUCAAACAGCUUAAAUUCUGAAAUUGUCAAAUGUAGAUGUAUGUCCUAUGUUUUAUUAGUUUUUCCAUUUAAAAUAACAUUUUCUCAGCGGAAAUGAUGGUGCCUAAUUGACACGGUAAGAGUAUCAAACAAUGGCUGCUGUUCAGAAGCUGGUAUGAAUUUCCUUUGCAGUUAUGUUUUUGUGGCCGUAAUUUUCAGCUGCCAUGUUAUAAAAUAGUCUAUAACCCUAGCAAGUUCUGUGAAAUACCUAUGCCGAAUGCCUCUCCUCAUCUUUCAGGUAUAGCACAAAACACUUGAACGACGAAACGACGCCAAAGGCCAUUAGAGGUCUCCUCGUUUAAAAAAGUCUAUAGCACAAAGAAACACAAGGUGCAUUCAACCGUUAGGAACAUUCGAUGGAAGUUCAAAUUCUACUUAUACCAUGAACUAACCAGGUAGAAUGGAAUAGACCGGAAACUUUAAAGGUUCAUGGGCACUGCUCUACUCUAUGAGGGGAUGUAACGUAAGAGUAAUUCCGACCGCUGACCUUUUUGUAAUACGUGUCUAAACAUUGCUUGAUAAUUAAAACAAAUCGGAAAGAGUAACUAUAACUAGUGAAAUUAGAGCGAAUUUCAGUUGAGUGUCGUAAAACCAAAAACCUAAUUAUUACACUGGCCAAUCAAAACGAUGGAGAAUAUCAAAGGGCCAAUGAGAAGUCAAGUUAAAACAAACAAACGUGAGUGGUCAAUUAGUGAUUUGUUCCCACGCCUUGAGAGGGUGUGGGGAUUUCUCUUGACCAAUCACUGUUUAUAGUAAGGCAAUCUAGGAUUACUUUCGACACUCGAGCGAAAAUUGCUCUUAAUUCGACAUGGAGAGCAGGGGAUGAAGAUGGAGCGACCUUUCCCUCUCUUUAGCACGACUCCAAACUCUCACAUGUGAACACCUUUUCGAAAUCCUUGUCGCUUUUUAUGUAAGGUAGAACCAACUGGAUUUUGCAGUGCUUGUGAUGUAUUGUGACAUUCGAGUACUUAUAGAUUCUAAUGAGAUACGCUACAUGUAACGUGUCACAAUACAUCACAGUGCCUUUUUUUGGGUAAUAGGUCGGCAAUUUUGGAAAAAUAUGUAGCAGAGCAGUGUUUGAGAAGAAACCUUUUGACUCCCCAGUACUUUAAUAUUACAGUCCACCUCGUUCUAUUUGCAACUUCUACCAGCGUUAUCGAACCUACAAGCAUUGUGACCUAAGAAAAUCAACUCUGGGAAAUUGCCCUGAUGAAACACCAACUUCUCAGAACUAACUUAGUUUGAAAUCAGCGAAUGGGAGUUAAGGAAACAGAUAUUCAAUCGAAAGUUCACUACUUUACGUAGUGGAAAAGGUGUGGUUUCUAUACUAACCUUCCGUCCUAAGUUUUUGCUUCGUGUGGGAUGACUUGAAAUGUCCAUGGUAUAAGAAAUUAGCGGUAUUUAAGAAUUGUCACCCACAUGCCCUUUGUUUAUAACUCGUAUCGUUUGUGUAAAAAUAAAUGAUAAUUGAUGAAUGGAAAGAGUUUCGGCCAUCAUUUGACUUUGUAAAUCAUCGUGGCGAGUUGUCUUAUUUGCGGCGUAUGAACUUUUAUUUUGAUUAUUAAUUAGAGUAGCACUGUCACAGUUUUUUUAAAGGUGAUUUCGAGGAACACUAAGUUAUUAGCAACUGAACUUGAUUCUUAUGUUUGAGAUUCGUUAAAACAAAGUUAAUUUGUUCCUUUACGUCAAGAUAUGUUCUUCAGCGUAGAGGUAAUAAAGCUUAGUCUUCCUCGCCCGGAGUAUCAGUUGUAACUCGUCACGCAAUACUCCUCCUUUGGAAAGAGUAUUGCGUGACAACUGAAACAGAGAUGACUAGUUCUUAAUUGCAGUAUUUCAAAGUAUAUGGAAUUAUGUUAGAGCGGUUUUCAAAUGACUCUGGAAGUAAAAUUAACCUAAGAAGCAAUUUAAAGGUAAAAAUAACGCUAUAGUGGUUAUGUUUUGGCUGCGGCCGUUUUUUUUUUCUAAGCGAAUUGCACAGUUUGUUCUUGGUACUUCAUUGCCAUUGACACACGUUUGGAAACCUUUUUUUUCUGAUUAGCUCUGGUUUACAGCGUUUUGUUUGUCAACAACUGGUAACUUUUGUUUUUGUUUGUUGCUUCUUGUCAUUAAAAAACCGCCCGAUACAAAUUGAGUAGACGAUAAGCUUUAAAGUUAAAAAUGCUAGAACUUUUUGUACCCAUUUGGAGUCAAGUGACAGUCCUGUGUACAGAACAACACUGUGGUUUUUUUCUUAUUCAAGAUUCAUUAAAACUACAAGCUUGUAGGAAUACCAUUAUUAAUAAUAUUUAGAAUGUGAAUAAGUAGUUAUUGAAGUGUUUCAAGAUUUGUGAAUUUUUGUAUGAAAUACGAGUAUAUUUUGUUCAAUUUUUCUGUGAAACUAGUGUGCAUCCUUAAUUAAUUUAGUUUUGUAUCUUACAAGGUUACUGAAAAUUGUAACUUAGGUAUAACUAUCUUUUUCCAGACUUGCUUACUUCAGAAAAACAGUGUGAACUAAAUUGUGCAAUGUUCAACGUCUUCUUGUCACUCCCUCAAAGAAUAUAUGUUCAACUUUUUGUAUCAGUGG